UGCGGACUCAGGACUUCCGUCCCGGAAGCUCAGUUUUAAGCAUGGCUUUGGGAGGGGAGGGACGCAAGAAAAGGAAGGGCCAGGAACGGAGACAGAGUCCUGACGAUGGCGUGGGGAAUGCGGUCACCGACUACAUGGUGGGACAGGUCGCCGACAGCUUGCGGGGCGGCCCACGUCCUACUGGAGGCGGGACGGGGCGGCUGGCCGCUCUCUUCAGCACCACGGAGCCAUCUGCACCCCCUGUAUUUGUGCCUGUACCCCAGGAAACAUCUAAAAAAAGAAAACGUGAUGACGAAGAAGAGAGUGCGUCCCAUAUUAAAAAGCCAGUUUUGCAAGAGCCUGCAAGAAAAGUGAAAGUGAAGAAACUCUCUGAUGCAGACAAGAGGCUGGCAAACAGGGAAAGCGCUCUAGCAAGUGCUGAUUUAGAAGAAGAGCUUCAUCAGAACCAAGGGCAGGGAAAAAGAAGGUCUCAGCCUCGGGGUAAAGUGGCACAUGGAGAAGCACUGGAUGGUGCCCUCAGCCUUGAUAAGGAUGGGGGCCAAAGAACAAAAACCCCUCUCAACCCCGAAGAGGAGCGGUUGAAAAACGAGAGGACUGUGUUUGUUGGCAAUUUGCCUGUCACGUGUAAUAAGAAGAAGCUGAAGUCAUUUUUUAAAGAGUAUGGACAAGUAGAAUCUGUACGAUUUCGUUCUGUGAUGCCAGCAGAGGGGACACUAUCCAAGAAGUUGGCUGCAAUAAAACGUAAAUUUCAUCCUGACCAGAAAAGCAUCAACGCAUAUGUAGUAUUUAAGGAGGAGAGCGCUGCUGCAAAAGCCCUGCAAAGAAAUGGGGCCCAGAUUGCAGAAGGAUUUCGUAUUCGAGUUGAUCUGGCAUCUGAAACCGCCUCUAGGGACAAGCGAUCAGUAUUUGUGGGAAAUCUUCCUUACAAAGUUGAAGAGUCUGCUUUGGAGGAACACUUUCUGGACUGUGGGAGCAUUGUGGCAGUGAGGAUCGUGAGAAACCCACUCACAGGAGUCGGCAGAGGGUUUGGCUAUGUGCUCUUUGAGAACACAGAUGCUGUUCAUCUUGCUCUGAAGUUGAAUAAUUCUGAGCUAAUGGGAAGAAAACUGAGAGUCAUGCGUUCUGUCAAUAAAGAAAAACUAAAACAACAGAAUUCAAAUCCAAGCUUGAAGAAGGAUGUCAGUAAACCUAAGCAGAGACUUAAUUUUACUUCCAAAGAAGGAAAAUUCCAUUCCAAGAAUGCAUUUAUUGGAGAAAAGGCAGUUCUCAUGAAAAAGAAGAAGAAAGGACAAAAGAAAAAAGUACAAAUGAAGAAACCAAGAAAACAGUAGUAGUAACAGACUCUGCCCCCUUCCUUUCUGUGGUGAAACCUUGCAGUGAGUGUCUGUUUUUUUUAUGGAUUAUGUGGAAAAUGGAGGCUUCCACAGUGGCUGUCAUUUUCUCUUUUUCAAAUUCAUGCUAUAUGUAAGGUUGGAAACAUUGUUCUUAGAAAUAUAUUUUUAAAAAAUAAUAAACAUUAAUACUCUGUGUUUAGGCCAGGUGUUCAAAUGGUUACUGUGGGAAUACUGAUUCCAGGUGAAGUCAUAGUCCCUAAAAAAAGACUUGUGAGCUGUUUAUAACACAUAUUCUUCACCUCAUUUUUCUUUCUCUUGCAGUUAUAGUGGAGAUCUACAUUUCUAUUUUAUUACAUACAUCUAAUAAUUGCUAACCAGUAAGACCGGUAAGAGAUGUGUGACUGACUUCUAAUAUGUAGCUAGUGACUACAGUGGUCAUUGAUGUCCUUGGCUCUAAAGUUGGUUUCAUAAGGAAAAUACUCUCCCAGGAAAACAUGAUGCUUAAAUUAGUAUCACUCAGAAUGAAGCAUGUGUCCCAGAAAGUUUUAAAGACAGCAUCUAAUGAAUUAUGUUAAUUAAAUUGCAAAAUUUAAAAUCGAAUGACAGGAAAACAUGCUACAGUAUUCCCUAAGUUCCAGACACUGAUCUUAGCAAAUUGGGGCUGGAUCCAGGGUGAAGUGGGGGAAGGGGGAGGCCAAGGCUGAUUCAGGCAGGCAGAGUCUGGUAAGUACACGUCCUCUCACUUAUGUAGGCAAGAGGGUAGGAUGAGUUUUCACUCAUUUAGUUGUAAAAGUUCUGUCUUUGGGAAAUGCCAUGUAGAAAACCCAAUAAGGUCUUUAAAACAGCUCUAGAGGCUGGAGAGAUGGCUUCUUGGUUAAGAGCAUGCACUGCUCUUCAGAGUGCCUAAGUCUUAGCACCCAAGUCAAGUAAUUCCCAACUGAAUGUAACUUGAGCUCCUGGGUCCAACUCCUCUGGUCUCCCCAAGCUCCUACACUCCAGAACAUAACCCACACAAACAUAUAUACAAGUAAAAAAUAAAGUGUAGCUUUUACAGCUUACAGCAGAGAAAGCUCUAUUGUCUGUAUCCAAGACUGGGUAGUUUAUAGUUUCCCUUACAGUAUUUAGAACUUUUUCAGUUAAAUUUCAGCAAUUUUACCUGAUUAUUCUUGAGCAUUUCUGCAUAAAGUAUAUAAAGAUGAAACAUUGUGUGUACAUAUAUAAUCUAUGUACAACUUACCACUCCUGUGAGUGAGGUUAAAGCAGAUUAUAUACAUGCAUACAUGUAACUUUAUCAUUAGAUAUGUAUAUGAUGUGAAUGCAGGUGCAUGUUGAGGUCAGAAAACUGGAGUUCUCUCCUUCCUCAGCAUGCACUUUUAUUCACUGAGCCAUCUCACUGGCCCCGUAUAUUUUGGAAUUUGUUACUGUGUAAUUGUUGAAAUUUCUACUUUAGAAUGUGUGUGCUACUAUGACUGUGUAAAUCAUUAAAAAUAUGUAUUUUGUAGAAAAAAA